GUCCCUUUCUCCCUCCGCAGCUCGCCUUUCCCCAGACGCUGCUCCUCUGCCGGAGAGGAGCCUGAGGGAGGGGCCGGAAGCGCCGCCGUCCGUCCUCAGGCUCCGAAAGCCAUGUCCCAGGAUUUGGUGACAUUUGGGGAUGUGGCUAUAGAUUUCUCUCAAGAGGAGUGGGAAUGGCUAAAUCUUGCUCAGAGGAAUUUGUACAGGAAGGUGAUGUUGGAGAACUACAGGAACCUGGAAUCGCUGGGAGUUUCCGUUUCGAAGCCAGAGGUGAUCUUGCUACUGGAGCAAGGAAGAGAGCCCUGGAUGGUGACAAAAGCCAGCACAGAAGGCACAUGCUCUGAUUGGGAGUAUGCAUUUAAAAACAGUGAAUUUUCAUCAAAGCAAGUUAUUUAUGAAGAAUCAUCCAAAGUAGUGACAACAGGAAGAAGCCAUCUUAGUUACAGCUUUGAUUGCCCCAGUUUGAUAGAAGACUAUGAAAGUGGGGACUGGUUUAACAACAAAUUGCAAAGUAAGGAGGUACAUCCUAGUCAACUGAUCAUCACGCAUAAGAAAAUCCUUACUGAAGAUCAAAGUAGUGAAUGUACUAAAUCUUGGCAAACUUUCCACCAGGAUGCAAUAUUUGCUAUAAAACAGGGUUUUCCCACCAAAGAAAGAACACAUAAGCAUGAGCCACAAAAGAGAAAAUACCGCAAAAAAUCUGUGGACAUGAAGCCUAAGAAAGUCUAUGUAGAAAAGAAACUUUUGAAAUGUAAUGAGUGUGAGAAAGUUUUCAACCAGAGCUCAUCCCUUACUCUUCACCAGAGAAUUCAUACCGGAGAGAAACCCUAUGCCUGUGUUGAAUGUGGGAAAACCUUCAGCCAGAGUGCAAACCUGGCUCAACAUAAGCGAAUACACACCGGGGAGAAGCCCUACGAAUGUAAGGAAUGUAGGAAAGCCUUCAGCCAGAACGCACACCUCGCUCAGCACCAGAGAGUUCACACUGGAGAGAAACCUUACCAGUGUAACGAGUGUAAGAGAGCCUUCAGCCAGAUUGCACACCUGACGCAACACCAGAGGAUUCACACUGGAGAGAGACCGUUCGAAUGUAUUGAGUGUGGAAAGGCCUUUAGUAACGGUUCAUUUCUUGCUCAGCAUCAGCGAAUUCAUACUGGGGAGAAACCUUACGUAUGUAAUGUGUGUGGGAAAGCCUUUAGCCAUCGUGGUUACCUAAUCGUGCAUCAGAGGAUUCACACCGGAGAGAGACCUUACGAGUGUAAGGAAUGCAGGAAGACCUUCAGCCAGUAUGCGCACCUGGCUCAGCACCAGAGAGUCCACACUGGAGAGAAACCGUAUGAGUGUAAGGUGUGUAGGAAAGCCUUCAGCCAGAUCGCAUACCUCGAUCAGCACCAGAGGGUCCAUACUGGAGAGAAACCCUAUGAAUGCAUUGAAUGUGGGAAGGCCUUCAGCAAUAGUUCGUCGCUGGCACAACACCAGCGGAGUCACACGGGAGAGAAACCUUACAUGUGUAAGGAGUGCAGGAAAACAUUUAGCCAGAAUGCAGGCCUUGCUCAGCACCAGCGGAUCCAUACUGGAGAGAAACCUUACGAAUGUAACGUGUGUGGGAAAGCCUUUAGCUACAGUGGCUCUCUUACCCUGCAUCAAAGAAUUCACACUGGAGAGCGACCCUACGAAUGUAAGGACUGCAGGAAAUCGUUCAGGCAGCGUGCACACUUGGCUCAUCACAAGAGAAUUCACGCUAUGGAGUCUUUCUUGAGUCUCUCAUCUUCCUCACCCUCCAUGUCCAGCCAUUUGCUAGAAGCUAUAGGUUUUAUCUCCUAAAUAUGCCUUGAAUAUCACUCCUUUAAUCAUUUCCACUCCAUCAUCUUCAUCCAGUGCACAAUAAUCUACUUGACAUGGUCUAUGGAAAUAACUUCCUAACUGGAUUACUGUGUUGACCACUUACUUUGUCAGUUGUCACACUGCAGACAAACCUAUUAAAAAUAGUUUGAUCAUA